UUCGCAGUUCGCAGGCAUUUCUGAUGGUACUAUCUGAUUAUCAAGCAAUUUAUUGACCCACUGACAUAAGUCAACAUAAACAUUUUUCAAUAACGGACGUUAGUGAUGCCUGCGGAGGAGGCUAGCCUGUAAUGUGCUAACGUAUAUAUAACGUGUCAUAUUUAGCCUAGAGAUCUGAAAAUAAUUAGAGAUGCCUCGGCCUGCGGAGAAAUUUACGGACUCACGGAGAAAGCUCAUAUUUUGUGAAAAAUCAAAAAUUCCAAAUUUUCUUGCAUGUUGGAUACUAGAGGAUAACUAAGGACAGCGACAUGUCGUUUGUUUAUUCCUGGAUUACAAUAUUCGUUUCCUGGAAUCAAAAGUGAAAACGAUAGAGGAGAACCUUUAGAGAUAUCAAACGUCUGACGUUUUCUUCGAUCGUUUUUUUAAAUCAGAUUAAACUCAGUCGAAAAUACGAAAUGGAAGAUGAGGAGUUAAAGAAACGUUUAAACAACUCGGGAUAUAAGAACUGGUUGAAAGUAUCUCGUGCCUUGAUUGAAUCAAAGGAAGCUCUACAUGACUUCACUGAAAAAGUCAUUGUAGACGUUCAUAAUGAUAUUAAAAGUAAAUUAGGCACAGGAGAAUGUACCAAGACCCCCAUUUGUAAUACGAAAAAAGGAAAGCCGCCAAUUUGUGCCAGCUGUAUACAAUGGGUGGCCGAAAUCAAGACGAAAAAAUGUGACGGACAGCUGAUUUGGAAGAAUGCUAACCCACAAAUAUGGCACAAUACUCAUUGGGAAAUUGCAAAAUGUUUUAUGAAUGACCAAGGGAACAAAACUAAUGCAGCUGCCAAUACAGGGCCUGCUAAGACUGACCUUUCCGGAUUGUUGAAUGUACUUGUAAAUUGUAAGGAAUUCAAACUUAAACAUUUUAAGGAUAAUAAUAAUUUAUUACCCAAAAAUGUUAGAAAUGUUCGGAAUAAGCUGAUGCAUUGUGCAACAAUGUCAUUCACUGAUGCAGAAAUGCAGGACAUGAUAGAUACAGUGAUUGCCCUUCUUGAAGAUGAUAAGGAAUUGAAGCAUUUGCAAAUGUGCCAAGAAAAGGUAGAACUGAUCAAAUCAUUGAGAAAUAGUGAGCUUGAGCUGAAGCCAGUAGAUGAAAGUGAGUGCAUCCGGGCAGCAUUGGAAGCUCAUGCAUUUGCCGUUGAAUCCGGAGAGGUUGAUGAAAGCAUGAAAUUAUUAUAUGAGAAACUUGUUGAAUUGAUCAAAGGAAACAAGGAUCUGGAAAGAAAAUUUGACAAAGAAAUAAAAAAAAUUAAUAAUGAGAUUGAAAAGAUGAAGCAAGAUUCUGCUGCCCAAUUUCAAGAGGUCCAUGUCACCUUGGGUGAGCUCAAAGGUCAAGUUCAGUCACUUUUAAAACUUGCUAAUGGUGAAGCUUUUUCAAAUCCCCUUUCAAGUAAUGCAUGUUCAGCACUUGAACAUUCUGAGAUGAAGUCAUUUUACAAAAAUGCCUUACAAAGUUAUGCGCAGAAGAGGAAACUUGACCCACCAAGAUAUAGCUAUGAAGUUGAAGGUGGUAAAUAUAUUAGUACAGUUUUUGUUGGUGAAAGAAAAUUCAAAGCAAAGGAACCAAAGCAAUCAAAGAAGGAAGCAGAUCAAAGUGCUGCAGAGGAGGCAUUGAGGACUCUAGGGAAUGAAGAUUCAGAACUUUUAAGUAAUAAAAAUAUAUCUGUGUUAACUGAACAACAGCCGGGUAUGAGUAGUGAGAUACCUGAACCAAAAGAUAAAUUGAACUAUAAAAACUUGUUACAAGAAAGAGCCCAGAAGAAGAAGAUUCUAAACCCUAUUUAUAACAACCAGACGAAAGAUGCUGGGUUUAUUUCUGAAGUAAUGUAUGAUGGUAAAUGGUAUUCCCCAGAGGUUGUUCCACAGAGUAGGAAGGUUGAUGCUCAACAGAAAGCAGCCAAAUUUGUUUUAGCUGUUUUAGACAGUGAAGAAGAAAAGCCAGAGCUUAGUUCAGGCAACCCUUCUCUUCCCGUGCCAAGUCAAGGUGACACAAAUGGAAAAGAGAUGAAUUUAAAAAAAAACACAUCAAAGUCAUUUAGAGUGAUUCUUAAUGAACAUGUACAGAAAGUCAAAAAGGGUCUUGAGAGUGCAGAUAUCAAGAAGCGAAGGGGAUCAAGAUGGAAAGUUUCUUUGUAAGGUGACAGUAUUUGGGGAAGUUUAUGAAAGUCCAACAAGCGAAAACAGCAUAGCAGAUGCAAAAGAAUCAGCAGCAACCAUAGCUUGCAUGGCUCUUCAGUUGGUUGAAGCUGUACCAAGAAAUGUGUCAAGAUCUGUGGAUAUGGAGAAGGAGAAAGUACCUUCGGUAGAACGUAUUUCUGAUGAGGUUGAUUGUAGUGCGCCGCCUCAAUCAUUUUCGACAGACGAAAAAACUAGUACAGAAACGCCUACGAGCAGCACAAAUUUUUCUCCGGUUGAUAGACCUGGUGGGAAGACAUACAAAAGUAUGUUAAAUGAAUAUGCUCAGAGAAUGGGAGAGACCCCGGAAUACGAGGAAAUUUUAGGUACAGAAUUUCGAAGUAAAGUCAAAGUAUGUGGCAAAACGUUCGAGUGUGUUGAAAAUCAGCCCAACAAAAAAAAAUCAAAAGAAAUGGCGGCAAAGGAGGCAAUGAAAUAUUUUGAUGGAUUGUCGGCCGACAAUUCCCCCAAAACGAAUGCAGAAAAAUACUUUUG